AGAAAAUAAAUUACAAAUUGAGAAAAGUGAUGUGGAGGUAUCAAGCUGGGGACUCUUGAAAAACACUAAAAAGGGGGAGGGCUAAGUGUGGUUAGAUAAGUUCUUUUUGGGGAGCAUGAGGAGCCAGUUUUGUAGAGUGUCAAAGGGAGAGCAUUCCAGGUGGAUGGAACAGCAAGUGCGAACACUGAAGGAUGGGAAGCUUUUAGGGUUCUUUCAGAACUGAAGGGACGCCAAGUGUGGCUGACGCCUAGUGAGAAGGAUGAGUUGGAGAGGUAAGCAGAGGUGAGAUUGUUUAGGGAAGCCAUUUGAAGAGUGGGAGAAGGGGAAGUUGCCAUCUGAUUUAUAUUUUAAGUCACUUUCACGGAGGUUUGGAAAAUGGAUUGUAGGGGAUAUUAAUUGAGAGGGUAUUAUACUGGUUCUGAAGGAGCUCUAGUGGCGCAGUGGUUAAAGCGCUUGGCUGCUAACCAAAAGGUUGGCAGUUUGAACCCACCAGCCACUCUGUGGGAGAAAGAUGCGACAGUCUGCUCCUGUAAAGAUUACAGCCUUGGAAACAUUAUGGGGCAGUGCUACUCUGUCCUACAAUAUCGAGUCGGAAUGGCUUGACAGCAGUUGGUUUGGUGUUUUUGGGUUUUGUGCUGGUCCUCGCUGGAGAUGUUAGUGGCCUGAAUUAGAGUGGUGGAGUAGAGAUGUAGUGAUGAGGAGAAGCAGAGGGUUUGAAGAUUAAGUCUGUUAAUACUCUGUAGAGCAGGACAUUCUUAAUUUAUGGCCCAUGGACUCCAGGGGGCCUAUGAACUUGUAAAAUUUUUGUGAGAGGGGUGCAUUUUUCAAAGAAGGUGUCUUUACCUUUCAUCAUAUUCAUUAGAGUCUUAAUAAUUUAAGAACCACUGCUUUAGAAUCUGUAAUGCGGGUUUAUAACCCUUAAAAGAGUAAUUGCCCAAGGCUUUCCAGUGUAGUAACAGAUGUGUAGCCUUUCUAAGACAUUCACUUUCUUAGUCUUUCAAGGGAAUUUCUUUUUUAUUUUUUUAAAGGAGAAAUAUGGAAGUUAAAUGCUGUAGGAUAGAAAUAGUCUCUUAGUUUCUUUUUGUCUAGAAGUGAGGGCCUGAUUAUGCACAAAUUUAUGAAAAUUAGUAAGAACUCAGUUUCAAAAAAACCCAUUUCUUGAUGUUUUCACCCACUGGGUUUUGUUUACGGUUCCUAUUUUACUGGCUGAAAUGGAGCACCUUAGUGUAUGAAGAGUAAGAUGAUUUUCUUCUUACUUUCGUUCAACAAUUAGGGGUUUCAGAUAGAUAUUCAUAUCUUUUGUAGUAUAUUUUAGAUGAAUCAAAUACUAGAUGAUAGUGUCUUUUUGGAUGCACACGAUGCACUUUCUGCCCUGAAGUGCUGCUCUAUCCCUGAAAGAACCAUAUAUUUUUCUUUUUAUAGCAGAGCUUGAAGUCUGAAGGCAUGUAGACUAAAUCCAGACUGCAGAUGUGUUUUGUUUGGCCCAAACGGUGUUGUAAAUUUGAAUUAGUUGUCAACAUUUAAAAACAGGGAGAUUUCAUAUAAACAUGUGGAUACAGGCUGCUCUUGAAAAAUCAGACCUGGCAGCUGAGGGCCUGUAUUUCUGCGUUGUGACAGAGAUCUUCUGUAGUUGGGCAUGUCCUUUCCAGUUUGCCACAGACCCCACCACAGCUGACAUGUAUCCCUGGCAUGGGGCAGUUGCUGUUUAUCAUUUUACACUUUUAUGUUACUUGUCUGUUGUAGACAUUUGAAUUUGCUGCCUCUGUUCUGGGUAUAUGAUACAGGUCUUUACACCCACCACUCAAAGUUAUUCUGUUAUCUUAACCAUCACCAUUUUUGUUGUCUGUCUUGGUGCCUUAUUCCCUUCGUUUCUUCUAAAAAGACAAUUUUAGGUAAUUUUGGGAAAGGGAAGUGAAGCAGAGGGAGGCAAAGAACCAAAAUACUGAAUUAUUUUGUUUCCAAACUGAAGAGACCCAAGGACUUCUAGGAAGGAUAACUACAUUGCUAAAAAGGAUAACUACAUUGAUUAGGUUCCUGCCCAUGCCUGUUAGCUGGCGGAUGUGCAGGGUCCUCAUUUUUGUUCUGCCUGGUUUGCUUUGUAGCAUCUGGGAUGUUGUAACUGCAUAACUUGGCCAGUCUCAGAAGAUAGAAGGCCAAGCAAAGAUAUGUUGCUGAAUGUCUGAAUCAAAGACUUUUGGCUCCCGUCCCAGGGCAUAAGAACCAAAGUUAUUUUAUUAUUAUUAUUUUUUUAAUAAUGUGCCUCUUCUUUGCUUUCAGUAAUAGUUUGUGAUUUUUUGGAGGGGUUAAUAAUUGUGAACUUUCUAUAUUUUAGUAAAAAGACGGGCAUAAGCAGAGGAUUGAGAGAGGAAGUCAAAGAGGCGAGACUGUUUUUUAAAGUUACUCAGGAGAUUUCUUUUUUCCAGGGCUUUCUACUACAUCAGGGCUUCCCAGAAGAUGGCCCCAGUUUAGCUAAAGGCUGUGUCCUAGGGUCUUAACUAAAUCUGCCUUUGGCUUCCAGACUAUGAGCUAUCAGAAAAGACUUUAAAAUGAAGGAGAACGAGAAAGUUGGUCAGAUACCAGAGUGGGGUUCCCAAUAGAAAAAUAAAGAAUUGGGUAAACAAGAAAUUCUUGUUUCGGGCAUAAUAAUGUGAUCCUUCACAAAGCCUUGCUUUGUUUAUGUAUGCUUAAGUUCUUACUGCUUAACUGUCUUGUUUCUGUGUCACUGUGAACAGCCUUAAAACAGACCAGUGAGUUAGGGAAAUUUUUUUUCUUUUUACUACAUGGGUAAAUGUACAUGAAAACAUUGUAAACUCUAAAUGCGAUGUGUGUGAGAUGUUGUAAUUAUUGUUUUUACGAUGCAGAAUUUAUCGAGUUUGAAGAGCUUCUGAUUUAUUCUUUCAUCCUUUUGACUGAAGCGGUGUGGACAGAUUUCAUCAAGCAACAUAGUCUUCCUCUGUCCCUUUCCGAAAGUGCUUAAUGUCAAGGUCAUUAGCUUACCUUUUAAUGGAUUGUAACCUGACUUUGUAAAUUGGAGAAGCCAGUGGCACUGCCAGUGUUUUUUGAGGUAGUGUCUGCUUGGGAUCCAGUGCAAGUUGUAUCAUUGUUCAAAUUAAGGUAUAAUUGAAAAGUGACCCUCCCUUCAGAGAUGUCAAAAACAAACAAGUCCAAGUCUGGAUCUCGCUCUUCUCGUUCAAGAUCUGGAUCAAGGUCUCGUUCUCGUUCAUUUUCAAAGUCUCGGUCCCGGAGCCGAUCUGUGUCUCGUUCUAGGAAGCGCAGGCUGAGUUCUAGGUCUCGUUCCAGAUCAUAUUCUCCAGCUCAUAACAGAGAAAGAAAUCACCCAAGAGUAUAUCAGAAUCGUGAUUUCCGAGGUCACAACAGAGGCUAUAGAAGGCCCUAUUAUUUCCGUGGGCGCAACAGAGGCUUUUAUCCAUGGGGCCAGUAUAACCGAGGAGGCUAUGGAAACUACCGCUCCAAUUGGCAGAAUUACCGGCAAGCGUACAGUCCUCGUCGGGGCCGUUCCCGAUCCCGGUCCCCAAAGAGAAGGUCUCCUUCACCAAGGUCCAGGAGCCAUUCUAGAAACUCUGAUAAGUCUUCCUCUGACAGGUCAAGGCGCUCCUCAUCCUCUCGUUCUUCCUCCAACCACAGCCGAGUUGAAUCUUCUAAGCGCAAGUCUGCAAAGGAGAAAAAGUCCUCUUCCAAGGAUAGUCGGCCAUCUCAGGCUGCUGGGGAUAACCAGGGUGACGAGGCCAAGGAGCAGACAUUCUCUGGAGGCACCUCUCAAGAUACAAAAGCAUCUGAGAGCUCGAAGCCAUGGUCAGAUGCCACCACCUACGGCACUGGUUCUACAUCAAGGGCCUCAGCUGCUUCUGACCUGAGUCCCCGGGAGCGAAGCCCCGCUCUCAAAAGCCCUCUCCAGUCUGUGGUGGUGAGGCGGCGGUCACCCCGUCCUAGCCCUGUGCCAAAACCUAGCCCUCCACUAUCCAGCACAGCCCAGAUGGGCUCAACUCUGUCAAGUGGUGCUGGAUAUCAGGCUGGGACACACCAAGGUCAGUUUGACCAUGGCUCUGGGUCCUUGAGUCCAUCCAAAAAGAGCCCUGUGGGUAAGAGUCCGCCGGCCACUGGCUCCAUGUAUGGCUCGUCUCAGAAGGAGGAGACUGCUGCUUCAGGAGGAGCAGCCUACACAAAGAGGUAUUUAGAUGAGCAGAAGACAGAGAAUGGAAAAGAUAAGGAACAGAAACAGACAAAUACUGAUAAAGAGAAAAUGAAAGAAAAAGGGAGCUUCUCUGACACAGGCUUGGGUGAUACAAAAAUGACAUCUGAUCCAUUUGCUCCCAAAACUGAUGCUGAGAAGCCUUUCCGGGGCAGUCAGUCUCCCAAAAGGUAUAAGCUGCGAGAUGACUUUGAGAAGAAGAUGGCUGACUUCCACAAGGAGGAGAUGGAUGACCAAGAUAAGGACAAAGCUAAAGGGAGGAAGGAAUCUGAGUUUGAUGAUGAACCCAAAUUUAUGUCAAAAGUCAUAGCAGGUGUAAACAAAAACCAGGAGGAGGAGAAGUCAGGCAAAUGGGAAGGCCUGGUGUACGCACCUCCAGGGAAAGAAAAGCAGAGGAAAACCGAGGAGUUGGAGGAGGAGUCUUUCUCAGAGAGAUCCAGAAAGGAGGAUCGGGGAGGGGCCAAGAGAAGUGAGAGUGGGCACAGAGGAUUUGUGCCUGAAAAGAAUUUCCGAGUGACCGCAUACAAAGCAGUCCAGGAGAAAAGCUCAUCACCUCCCCCAAGAAAGACCUCUGAGAGCCGAGGCAAAGGAGACUUUUCCACAGGGAAGUCUUCCUUUUCCAUUACUCGAGAAGCCCAGGUCAAUGUCCGGAUGGACUCUUUUGAUGAGGACCUUGCACGACCCAGUGGUUUAUUGGCUCAGGAACGCAAGCUUUGUCGGGAUUUAGUCCAUAGCAACAAAAAGGAACAGGAAUUUCGUUCCAUUUUCCAGCAUAUACAGUCAGCUCAGUCUCAGCGCAGCCCCUCAGAAUUGUUUGCUCAGCAUAUAGUGACUAUUGUUCACCAUGUUAAAGAGCAUCACUUUGGGUCCUCAGGAAUGACGUUACAUGAACGCUUUACUAAAUACCUAAAGAGAGGAACUGAGCAGGAGGCAGCUAAAAACAAGAAAAGCCCAGAGAUACACAGGAGGAUAGACAUUUCCCCCAGUACAUUCAGAAAACAUGGUUUGGCUCAUGACGAGAUGAAAAGUCCUCGAGAACCUGGCUACAAGGCUGAGGGAAAAUACAAAGAUGAUCCUGUUGAUCUCCGCCUUGAUAUUGAACGUCGUAAAAAACAUAAAGAGAGAGAUCUUAAACGAGGUAAAUCAAGAGAAUCAGUGGAUUCCCGAGAUUCAAGCCAUUCAAGGGAAAGAUCAGCUGAGAAAACAGAGAAAACUCAUAAAGGAUCAAAGAAGCAGAAGAAGCACCGGAGAGCACGAGACAGGUCCAGGUCCUCAUCCUCUUCUUCCCAGUCAUCCCACUCCUACAAAGCUGAAGAGUACACUGAGGAGACAGAGGAGAGAGAGGAGAGCACCACAGGCUUUGACAAAUCAAGACUUGGGACCAAAGAUUUUGUGGGUCCAAGUGAAAGAGGAGGAGGCAGAGCUCGAGGAACCUUUCAAUUUCGAGCCAGAGGGAGAGGCUGGGGCAGAGGCGGCUACUCUGGUAACAAUAACAACAACAGCAACAAUGAUUUUCAAAAGAGAAACCGGGAAGAGGAGUGGGACCCAGAGUAUACACCCAAAAGCAAGAAGUAUUACUUGCAUGACGACCGCGAAGGCGAAGGCAGCGAGAAGUGGGUGAGCAGGGGCCGGGGCCGAGGAGCCUUUCCCCGGGGUCGGGGCCGGUUCAUGUUCCGGAAAUCCAGCACCAGCCCCAAAUGGGCGCAUGACAAGUUCAGUGGGGAGGAAGGGGAGAUUGAAGACGACGAGAGUGGGACAGAGAACCGAGAAGAGAAGGACAAUCUACAACCCACAACCGAGUAGGGGCCACUCUGACAGGAGCCCCUGCCCAGGGGAGAGAGGCGCUGGGAAGAUGGCUGGUGAGGAGCUAAACAGGAGCCUCAAAAAGAUUCUGAAAAUACCCACCCACCAACCCACCACCAGCCUUGCAGAAUCCUACUACAGCCAAAAGCAUCCCUGGCGCUGUGUCCCACUGGACUGAGGAGGCUGGCCUUGGAGCCUGGGGCCAGGCCCAGCUCUUGAGCAAAACACAACACAUAAUGGGCUUUAGCUGUGUUUCUCAUUUGUUGUUGGUGUGUGGGGUAGGGGCUGGGGUGGGGAGGGGAGAACAAUGCUUGGAUUUUGGUUUGUUCCCUAUUAGAAACCAACAGUUUUUACUUUGAUUUCAUUUGGAGCUAAGAGGAAUAAUUUGAUUAUUUUCGAUCUCUUCCUCCCCUUCCUGAUUUUAAAAGCCCUUCUUUUUUUUAGGCAUAUGUAGUAACAUUAGCAAAAAAGAUUUUAAUUUGGGCAACUUUGAUUCUUAAAACAGAAAACAAAGCAUGUGAAUAAACAUUUAAGUGUUCACCUCAGUUUGGGACCAAACUGCUUGGAUCUUUGUAGAAACUGGUUUUGUAUGUCAUGGAGGAGUUCAAGGUCUUUCUGACCACCUUGUGUUCCCCUUUUCUGCGUAGCCACUUGGUGGCUACUCCUAACCACACCCUACGCUGCCCCCUCCAUCUUUUCUGAUUUCUUCUGGGCUGGACUGCCCAUCCUCCACCAGCAGCUCCAGUAUCCCAAACUUUCUAGUCUUGCUGAUCCUCUCAGCAACCGGGGUGGAAACUGGAGGGCAGUUUCUGGUCUGUUUUCUAAGAAACUUCUGAAUUCUAUUAUCUUUACAAAUAUAAGAUGAGAAAAUAAUUUUUUCGAUAUUUUUUAUUAAUCUUUUUAUAAAGAAACUCCUAUGAUCGAUUAAGGAAGGUGGUCGUGGCUGGGUGGUUCGUGGGGUGGUUUUU